AUGCAGAAAUCCCUACCUAAAGAAAAGGUCGUUCAAGUAUAUGAAAAACUAUUUGCUGGUCAAGAUAUAACUUCAGGAAGGGCAGAAUUUUGGGAUGAGUUCUUUCUUCUUCGAGUGAAUGUCAAAGUCCUUUUAUCCUAUUUUGAUAAAGUUUCUCUUACUCGUAUAGUUGAUUUGAAGAUGCAUCUUAACCGUCUCUAUAACGAAUGUCUUCAAAAAGCCCUGAACACAUCUCACUGGCAACGUAUAGCGAAUGCCUUGCAAACAUCUGACUGUCUCAUGUUAGGUGCUUUCCGCGUCAAAAAUUUAAAUAUUCCUCCCGCAGACAAAUUGAAAUUUCUCAUUCCCAGUGAACGCUCUGAGUCAGCUAAAGUUGAAUACUUGAAACUGUGCACCACCAGUUUUGCCAAAGACUGGCCACCAUUGUUGCAAGAGCUUGUUAUUGAAUCUCUACUCAUCCGUUGUAUAUUAUCAGAUAAUGUGAAUGACAACCCUAUUUUCGACUGGCUAUUAGAUGAGAAUCUUUUUGAGUUGCUUGGCACUCUCAUCAGUAAUACUUGUCUUAGGCAAAGAUUCGCUGUUGGAGCUUGUCGUUUGCUGGGAAUUAUAUCGCAGUAUCGAUGGAAAGAGAUCAAUAACCUUUUUCUGAUGAAACUGGCUCAAGUCAAGGACGAAAUUCUCCUUAAUAGCAUAUCUGCUGUUAUUUCCUUUACGAUUUCUGAGUCAACGAGGAAGUAUAAUGAAUAUGUCCAGGCUUCGGGUGGACUUCUUUCCUCGAUCUCAAGCAUGGAGAUCAGUGCCCUUUCUUCCACACCCCGUGUUGUUGUGUACACUCUUACCCUGGUUAAUGGAAGAGGAUCUUGCAAUGUCCUUGACGGUUUGCUGCUAUGUUUGUACGUUAUCAUCCGCCAAAAUCCUCGUUUCCCUUCACUCUUUUCCUGUUCUCAUACUCAUAUUGACACUCAUCAACAAAACAGAGGAGCGUCGAUAGGCCAAUUGAAUGAGUACGGUGACGGAGAAUUGGGUCCGCCUCUGGAUCCACGCAACCUAAUGGCAGAUUUGAUUGAGUUUGCCUCCGUGGUUAUGCAGGGCAUUAAAGACAGUAAGUUCUCUUCUGUGCAUUGGAUCUCUCCAGUGAAACGUGAAUAUUAA